UGAAGAACUUCUGUUCUUGUAGAUGUAGAACAUAAAAACAGUAAUAAAUAACAUAGCGAGAAAAAAAAUUAAAUGAUCAGUUGAAUGGGUGAGCAGUCUCUAAUCCAGUGUGAUCAUGAAGUGACAGAGAUUAGCAUUAAUCAGAAGUAAAAUCUGAGGCAGCGAGCAAAGCCACAUGGAAUCAAGAACAAGAUUUUCACACCCCACCAAUAGCAAAACGAGAGGCGAAGAACAAGAGUUGAAGAUGAAGUUUCUUCAAUAAGCCACACGAUUCGAUCCCUUCUAUCUAAUUUCUCUUUCAACUUUCUUCACCCAAUCCCGUCUUUCGAACAUUCAUCUCUCACGAUCUUCAUGUAAGUUCUGCUCUGUUCAGCUCACUGCACUCUCGCACUAUCAUUUUUUCAGGUGUUCUGAUACCUAGUUCUUCCAUGGAUCGCCAAUGGAUGAAAGGCUGUUGAAGCUUUUUCCCUCAUUACUGCGAUUCGUUGGAUUCAAUUCAAAAUGUUGUCGGUUUGCUCGGCGACGCCCAACUGUUCUUCUCAAUCUAAGAUUACUUUCCAUGGCGGCCUGAGACUCUUGCUCCCAUCCCAAAAGGGUGUUCAAGUUGGUAGCCAUGGAGGUUUUCCUAAAGCUUUUGCCACAAGAUCUUCUUUCUCUGAUUUGGCUACAAGCGCUCAACAGCAAUUAUCCAUAGGUGGAGUGAAAUAUGUAGAGAAUUCCAGUUUAUCAGCAGGAGGAGAGGCACUCCUUGAUGUCUCUGGACAACAUCGUGAAAUUCCAUCAGUUCAUGAAACCGUGUCAACCGAUAACAUUGCAUCUGAGAAAACACUCUUUGUGUCGGACUCUCUAAAUUUUGAUAACAAUUCAGUUUUGAAUACGAAAGCAAGUGCUUUGGGUUUCUUUGAUCGGGUCAGCGAGUCUUUUAAUGCUUCUAUUCAACAAGGGGAAAAUCUGGUCGAAAAAUCACUGGAUACAAUAAACUCAUCCACAUCAGCCUUGAUUAAACGGGGCAAUCAAAGUGUUGAUGAUGCCUUCAAUAGCAUAUUUUCAUCUGUUGAUCAGAUUGGGGAACAAGGUCGUAAUCGACUGUCCAACUUUUCAACUGGGUUCAAGGAAGGCUCGUUCAAAGCUUCUGUUUCCGCAAUCGACGUGUUGAGACAAGCAGUUGUUGCAAUUGAGGAUUCUCUAGCAAAUGCAACUUCAUUUGUUGUCUACUCAUAUGGAUCAGUCAAGGAAGUCUUUCCUCCUGAAAUCAGGGAUGCUCUAAGUUCAUCUGAGCAAAGAGCAGCUGAAAUUUUUAGCCCUGUCAGGACUGGUUUUCAGAAGAUUUACCUCACCAUUGAGAGUUUGGAGAAAAUCCUCGGCUUAGAUCCAAGUGAUCCGCUUGUUCCAUUUGUACUCCUCGUUGGAAGCUCUGUCACUCUGUGGGUUUUCUAUUGGAGGAGGACAUAUGGUGGUUAUUCUGGAGAUUUAUCUCCUCAAUCAACUUUCGAGCUUCUGAAAGGAUCAGAAAACGCUGUUCUUAUUGAUGUCCGGCCUGAGGAUUUGAGAGAAAAAGAUGGGAUUCCUGAUCUUAGACGUAGAGCGCGAGCUCGCUACGCAAGUGUAACUCUACCAGAGGUUGAUGACUCUAUCCGGAAGUUAGUAACGAAUGGAAGAGACCUUGAUGACGCUUUACUUGCUUCUGUCAUCCGGAACUUAAAGAUUGUUGAGGACAGGUCCAAGGUUAUCAUCAUGGAUGCCAAUGGUACAGGUUCUAAAAACAUUGCAAGAUCAUUGAGAAAACUUGGGAUCAAGAAACCAUACUUGAUCCAAGGUGGAUUUCGGUCCUGGGUGAAGGAGGGCCUCCGCAUCAAGGAGCUCAAAUCUGAAACAGCACUUAGCAUACUUAAUGAGGAAGCUGAGGCGAUCUUGGCGGAAAUAAAUCCAUCUCCCGUGCAAGUUCUGGGUUAUGGUUUGGGUCUCGUUGCAACUUUAUAUGCUUUACUAGAGUGGGAGACAUCCUUACAAAUAAUUGCCAUCCUGGGCCUCGGUCAGACAAUUUAUCGGCGAGUUUCUUCCUAUAAUGAUGCUGAAGAUUUAACUAAAGAUGUCAGGCUGUUGCUUACUCCAGUCAGUCUUGGAGCUCAGGCAUUAUCAUGGGCGGCCGGGAAAGUUGAGACAAAUGGCGUUGGACUACCGACGUCUCCUUCGUCCUCGGAUGUGCAAAACAGGGUGCUGCAGGCUGCUGCAAAGCACGAAUCUCAGCCUUCAGUGGACGAAGGUAUCCAAAACAGACCGGCGGAGGCAACAAUUCCAGUCAGUGAGGGCGUAGAUCUUUCUGAGGCAUAGAACAUGAUUUUCUGGGAUUGCAUAUUAAUGGUUGUUGAUGAAAGCCCCUUCUUCUGAUCUGAUCUUGAUUGUCGAUCCAGGUACACUAACAGUAUAGCAUGUUCAAAUAGAUGACUGCUUGGAUCAGUUACUCAAGAAAAUUUGUGAGCUGAUUUCAUUGCCUUGUCUUCUCUCUUUCUCUCUCUCUCUCUUCAGAAAAGAUGUAGAGUUCUUUGCAUAUACUAAA